AUGCCUGACAAGAUUCUCGACGACAUCUCGCACCGUCGCUACAACCCGCUGACUGAUAGCUGGUUAUUGGUCUCUCCUCACCGGACCAAGCGGCCAUGGCAAGGCCAGCAAGAGGCUGUAGUCGAAGCAAAGCUUCCCGAAUACGACCUCAAGGCAUGCUUCGCACCAAAGCUGUGUUAUCUCUGCCCUCGCAAUACCCGUGCGUCUGGCGACCACAAUCCUGACUACGAAAAGACGUUUGCUUUUGUCAACGAUUACAGCGCUGUGAAAGAACAGCAACCUGACUAUGAACCCGAGCCGACUUCCAAUGACCUCAGUUCCCUUUUAUUGCAGGCUAGAAGUGUCAAGGGCGUGUGCUACGUCAUGACCUUCUCGCCCAAACAUCACCUCACGCUGGCUGACAUGCCUGCUUCCGACAUUCUGCCCUGCAUUGACCAUUGGACGCGCAUUUACGCCAACCACCUGUCCGCGUCAAACCCGCUGACCGAGGUCGCCAACAAGCUCCAACUUUCUGUAUCCCGUGAACAGGCUCCGGUCCCAAAGGAUGAGUACCGCUACAUGCAGAUAUUCGAAAACAAGGGCGCGGCGAUGGGCUGCUCCAACCCGCACCCGCACUGCCAAGUCUGGACCACGUCGACCAUGCCCGAGGAGCCCGGAAAGGAGAUUGUGCAGAUGACCAAAUACAGGCAGCAGAACGGCCGCCACCUCCUCGCCGACUACACCAAGCUGGAGCUCGAGAAGCAGGAGCGCAUCGUCUGGCAAAACGACAGCUUCCUCGUCGUCUGCCCCUGGUGGGCCAUCUGGCCGUUUGAGGUCCUAGUGCUGCCCAAGCGACACGUCCGCGCCCUGGUCGACUUUACCGCCGAGGAGCGCCUCCGGUUCGCGGAGACGAUCCAGGAGGUCACGCGCCGCUACGACAACCUGUUUGAGUGCAGCUUCCCGUACAGCUCAGGUAUUCACCAAGCGCCUCUGCAGGGAACCGAGGAAGAGAUAAACAAUUCGUACCUUCACAUGCACUUUUACCCGCCGCUGCUGCGGUCCGCAACGGUGCGCAAGUUCCUGGUCGGCUUCGAGCUCAUGGCCGAGCCUCAGCGCGACAUUACGCCGGAGCAGGCGGCCGCUCGUCUGCGGGACUGCGGCGGUGAGAUUUAUAGAAGUCGGAACAAGUGA